AUGGCAUUCCUUUGGCUUCUGUCCUGCUUUGCCCUUGUGGGGGCUACCUUUGGCUGCGGGGUCCCCGCCAUCCAACCCGUGCUGACUGGCCUGUCAAGGAUCGUCAAUGGGGAGGAAGCUGUGCCUGGCUCCUGGCCCUGGCAGGUGUCCCUGCAGGACAAUACUGGCUUCCACUUCUGCGGGGGCUCCCUCAUCAGUGAAGACUGGGUGGUCACUGCCGCCCACUGCGGGGUCACGACAUCCGAUGUAGUGGUGGCUGGGGAGUUUGACCAGGGUUCCAAUGAGGAGAGUAUACAGGUUCUGAAGAUCACAAAGGUUUUCCAGAACCCCAAAUUCAACUUCUUUACUGUCAGCAACGACAUCACCCUGCUGAAGCUGGCCACGCCUGCCCAGUUCUCCCACACUGUGUCUGCGGUGUGCCUGCCCAGUGAGAAUGAUGACUUCCCUGCAGGGACACUGUGUGCCACCACAGGCUGGGGCAAGACCAAGUAUAGUGCCAGCAAGACCCCCGACAAGUUGCAGCAGGCAGCCCUGCCCCUCGUGUCCACUACUGACUGCAAGCAGGUCUGGGGCAGCAAGAUCAAAGACACAAUGAUCUGUGCUGGAGCCAGCGGCGUCUCCUCCUGCAUGGGCGACUCUGGAGGCCCCCUGGUCUGCCAAAAGGAUGGAGCCUGGACCCUGGUGGGCAUCGUGUCUUGGGGCAGCAGCACCUGCUCCACCUCCACUCCUGCUGUGUAUGCCCAUGUCGCCAAGCUCUUGCCCUGGGUGCAGGAGACCCUGGCAGCCAACUGAGCCCAUGGAUCUGACACCCCACACCUUAAGGAUCCUCAAUAAAGUCAUCUAUUUAGAAACACUGAUUUCAUGUCUCCCUGUCUUUGUGCAGCCCAGGAGACAUGGGACAGGAGUUAUUUAUGUCACCUACUAUGGGGUGCGGGGACCCUGGCAACCCCUCCUAGGAAGCUGAGAUUUUCUAUGUCCUCCCCACUCAGGACUUCACCCUGGGUCAGAAUUCAGGCCCUACCUGCUGGAGCCAGCUUGACCCAUGGAGUUUUCUGGACGGUAGUAGUCCUUGACCAGGCUAUGAGGCUCACAGCCAUGAA